AUGCGUAUCGACUGGUUCUUCGCCAGCCUGCUUUGCGUAGAGGUGCCAGUAGUCCUGCUGGCCGCAGCUGCGAAACCAAUGGGCGCAAUUGCCCAGGCCGCAAUGACGGCAUUUACCAUCCUGGGCUUUCUCUUUCUGGCGGCCUGGUCUGGCGGCGACAACUUUGAGCACGCCACGUACUACCAGUUCGUCGUGGACACCACUGGCUGGGACAUGAGCAAGCGCCUCUCGGAGACCUGGGGGAAUUUGUUCUUUGGCAACAUCGACUUCAAGUUCGGCACCUGGCGUGGGGCCCAACACUUCCUGUGGGCCACUUGCUUCGCCGUGGGCUUCGGAGUGCUGCCUCUCCUCAGCCAGGUGCUCUGGUCGCAGCCGAGGGCCUUGAAGACCUUCGAGCGCCCAGAGGCCCGUUUUCUGGGCGGCCUGCUGGCCCUUGUGAUCCUGACCUACCAGAGUUACACCCGCUACGGUGACACGAUUGUAGCGGAUGUCGCCCUGCAGUUCUGCCUCUCGCUGUUGACGCUGCUGGAGUGCCUCGCCUUCGUGGCCUGCCUGGGCCUGGCUUUGGGAAAGAACCAAUUCCUGCAGCAGCGCCUUGCAUUCGAAGCGAGAGACAAGAACGACGAGCCCCGCGGGGUCUGGGACGUUCUGCAGCCAUUUUGGACGGAGCUCAGCGCACGCCACUCGGCCGACGACCCGUCCAAGGCGCCGCAUUUGACGGCCUUCAUGAGUUACAAGGCGGGCAUGACCCACAUCGUGCGGGAGGUGGACCGACCCGGGUCCAAGCUGCACAAGAAGGAGAUCGUUGAGCCGGUGACCGUCCUCGAGAGCCCGCCCAUGGUGGUGGUGGGCUUCGUAGGGUACGUGGAGACCCCGCGGGGCUUGAGGGCCUUGACCUCCGUUUGGGCCGGGCACUUGUCGGAGGAGUGCAAGCGCCGGUUCUACAAGACCUGGAAGGGCCGCAAGCACAAGGCCUUCACCAAGUACGAGAAGCGUUGGAGCGAGGCCAGCAAGGAGGGCACUCCGAUGCAGGCGGAGGUGGAGAGGGCCAAGAAGUACUGUCAGGUGAUCCGCGCCAUUUGCCACACCCAGGUGCGCAAAGUGAAGAUUGGCCAGAAGAAGGCCCACAUCAAGGAGAUCCAGGUGAACGGAGGCGCCACCGAGGCGAAGGUGGAUUUCGUGAUGAACCUGUUCGAGCAGGAGGUGAAGAUUGCCGAUUGCUUCAGCCAGGACGAGGUGAUCGACCUGGUGGGCACCACCAAGGGCAAGGGCUUCAACGGCGUGGUCACCCGCUGGGGCGUCACGCGCCUGGUGCGCAAGUCCCACCGCGGCCUGCGAAAG